AUUAGAGUGCGUUGGUCUGCUUGGGUUUGCUCCGAGUAGACCCAAAACAGACAAAACGAACAAGGCUAUAAUCUCGCCGUGAUUGGUGAUCCGCUCGUUUCGCUUCCGCGUAAUCCGCUCCAUGGGACUCCACCCUGAGACUUGCGAGUUCUCGCUUACUGAUUACUCCUUGCCUAAAAUGAGGAAGAUGUAAACAAGUAAAAGUGAUGCCGAAGUAUAUGCUAAAAAUUAUAUGAUAUAAAAUACGUAUUUUACGAUACAUGUGUUUUUUGUCUGUUUUAUAAAAUAAGUGAGAAGAUUUUUACAUAUGUAUGUUCUUUUUUGUUUCCUUUUUGCAAUGGUACAAGUGUCAUGGAAUUUACUUAACCUAAUCUAAUUUUGUCGUUCAAUGUAACCUAAUCUCUAUUUAUUCUAAUUUUAAAACAAUUUUGACAAUAUACUUGACUGAUCGUAUUGUGUUUACGAAGAUUGAAAAGUAAGGAUGGAAUCGACGUCUAGCAAGAAUGAACAGACCACCAAUCAGGAAGAUUCAGAUUCCUCGGAAAUGGAUGAGAUAGAACCUAGAUUGAAGUAUGUGAGAAUACGCAAUGAUUUGGAACAUAUCCUGCAAAAUGAUGCAGCUAGUUGCAUUGCUAUACAUCCAAAGUUUCUUUGUCUAGGAUCACAUUGGGGAAUGAUUCACCUUCUAGAUCAUCAGGGAAAUAAUAUAAAGUCUAAAAUGCUACAGGCACACACAGUAGCGGUCAAUCAGAUAUCAAUAGAUUAUAACGGAGACUUUAUCGCCUCUUGCAGCGAUGAUGGAAAGGUUUUUAUUUAUGGAUUAUACAGUACCGAAAACAAUCAUAAUAUGAGCAUGGGUAGACUAGUCAAGAGUAUAGCGAUUGACCCGAAUUAUAAGAGUAGCAGUGGCAGAAGAUUUAUUACAGGUGAUGACAAGCUUGUGCUUUACGAGAAAACCUUUCUAGCCAGAAUGAAACCAACGGUACUCUGUGAAGCAGAGGGUGGAGUCAGAUCCAUUGCGUGGUCUGGUCGCUUUGUUGCGUGGGCUUCUGACACCGGUGUGAGAGUCUAUGAUCUCGAUGCUAGAUGUUCAUUAGGACUUAUUAAGUGGUCCUGUACCACAGAGGCAUCACCAGAACAUUAUCGAUGUAAUUUACAAUGGUCAGAUGAUAAAACGCUGUUAAUCGGAUGGGUGGAUAUUGUGCGAAUUUGUCAUAUUAGAAAACGCACAAUGCAAGAAAUGGUCAAUCGAGAUUUGCCUGAAUUUGUAGUGGAUCCAGUAUCGACAUUCCAAGUAGAUUUUUAUAUAUCCGGUAUAGCACCAUUGAAGAAUCAGUUAGUAUUAUUGGGGUGUUUAAAGGAACCAGAUGAAGAUGGAAAAAAUCAUCGUCCGACUCUACAUGUGAUUGAACCAAAAUAUCAAGAUUUCUCAGUAAUAUGUGCAAAUUCACUUACUUUACGCGGUUAUAAGGAAUAUAGCUGCAAUGAUUACCAUUUAGAUUGCUUAAAGGAGGAAAACAGGAAAAUUAUUUACAGAUUUUUUAUUGUAAGUCCGAAAGAUAUCGUAGUGGCUAGUUUGUAUGAUACAGAUGACAGAAUCGAAUGGCUAUUGAGCCAUGGAAAAUUUGAGCAAGCUUUGGAAGCUAUAACGACAAACAAUGGCAAAGAUUGCAAGAGGCACGCCGUAUUAGACGUGGGGCGUAUUUAUUUGGAUCACUUAUUAGCAUGUGAAAAGUACGAUGAGGCUGGAAAACUUUGUCUUAAAAUUUUAGGAAGGGAUAAAAAAUUAUGGGAAGAAGAGGUUUACAAAUUUGCCAGAGUACAUCAAUUGCGUUCAAUUUCGCCCUACCUGCCUCGAGGUGAUAUUAUUCUCGAUCCGCUAAUCUAUGAAAUGGUACUGUAUGAAUAUCUCAAAAUGGAUCCUGAUGGUUUCUUGCAAUUGGUCAAGGAAUGGUCUCCAAAUUUGUACACGGUGGCAGCAGUGGUUAACGGCGUAUUGGAGCAUUUGCUGGUUCAUAAUCAACGACAGAACGUGUUAUUAGAAGCGUUAGCCAUUUUAUACAUCCACGAUGGAAAAUAUGAUAAAGCACUUGCUAUGUAUCUGAAGCUGCGGCAUAAGGAUGUCUUCCAGUUGAUUCAAAAAUAUCAGUUGUAUAAUUCGGUAUACGACAUGAUCGAAGGUUUAAUGGAUUUAGAUACGGAACGUGCCAUACAAUUUUUUUUAGAGAAGGAUAGAGUGCCAUCUGACGUGGUUGUACAAAAGUUGCAACAUAAUUAUCGUUAUUUAUAUUUGUAUCUAGAUGCAUUAGAUAAGAGAGAUACAAAGGAUUCGAAGGGAAAGUACCAUGGUCUUCUGGUACGAUUGUAUGCCGAUUAUUCGAGAGACAAGUUAUUGCCGCUUUUACGUCGUUCCGAUAAUUAUCCAAUACAACAGGCUUUGGAUAUUUGUAGUCAGCGCCGAUUUUAUCCAGAAAUGGUAUAUCUGUUAGGCCGAAUCGGAAACACUUCGGAAGCUUUGGCGCUCAUGACGAGAGAGCUCAACGAUAUGGAAAGUGCAAUUGCAUUUUGCCAGGAACAUGACGACGAAGAGUUGUGGAAUGAUUUAGUUAAUUACUCACUUGACAAACCUGCGGCUAUUACAUUCCUUCUUCAAAAGAUUGGCACCUAUGUUGAUCCUAGGGUUAUGGUACAAAGAAUAGAACCUACUUUGGAAAUUCCAGGCUUAAAAAAAGCAUUGGUUAAAAUGAUGUGCGACUACAAUCUGCAGGUGUCUGUGCAGGAAGGUUGCAAAAAAAUAUUGUCUAAUGAUUAUUUCAAUCUUCAUGAAAGACUUGUUCGUUGUCAUCAAAAGGGCAUAUUUGUCGAUGAUGAUCAAAUGUGUGGAGCUUGCCAUAGGAAGAUAAUUGUAAGAGAGCCGCGGAAUAUGGUUGCAUUUUAUUGUAAGCAUUGUUUUCACGAAGAUUGUCUACCUAAUUUUAAUUUGGUUGAAAAUUGUGUGAUAUGUAAUUCACAAAAAGAAAUGACGCCUAAUAGAAAAUGAUGAAGGUGAAGUUGUACUUUAUUAUGCGACAUGUGCAAUAGCUAAAGCUUUAACAGGUUUAAUAUUUCAACCAAGUAUCUUGGUAUAGAGUAUAUCUUGGUAUCAAGAUUAUGUUGGACUAAUGUAUAAACAAGUUUUUAUAUAAUAAAUUGAAAUUAUUUAUAAAAUAAC